UUUCUCUACACAAGAGAUAAAGUAAAUUUGUUUUUAAAUAAAUAAAACGUUAUUUAAAAAGAUUCCGUUAAUACUCUACUACCAUUAUACAAAUUUUAAAAUAUUGAAAAAAUAUCGAAGAGUUUACCUGCUUAUUACUUGAAAAUGUUAAAACUGGACUCUGAGCAUAAUUCUUCCUGCCAAGAAUGUCCAGAUUUAUGCUCAAAACUUGAAAAAUUGGAAGUAAAUCCCGACAAUAAAGUUGAUUUCUCUCCCAUUAACUUUACCACAUUGCCUUUGGAAAUAUUGUAUAGUAUCUUUGAAUCUUGCCCUCUACAGGAACAAUUAGUGCUUGCCAAAGUUUGUAAACAUUUUCGCCAGAUAAUACGCAAGAUUUGUCAAAGAAAAUAUAAAUUUUUCAAUUACAAUUAUCUCACCUUUAAAUACAAACUUCAACUGAAAGAUUAUGAAAUCUCCGAAUUUUGCUAUUUGUGUGGUAAAGCUGUGGAAAGGGUACGUUUUAGUACCUAUUUUAAUAUGGAUUUACUAAAGCACAUAGAAUGGAGUGGAGUACGCACAAAUCCUAUGGAAAACUUGAUUUUUAUUAAUGAUAAUUUCAUGCAAAAUGUUAAAUAUUUCAAGAAUCUCGAAGAAUUGGAAAUACAAGGAAAAUUUCUACAAGAUCAAACAUUGCUGGAAUUGGGCAUGUAUUGUAAAAAGUUAAAGACCUUAAAACUAUUGGAUGGUGAUAAUCGUUGGCUGUGGGGUGAACAUUUAGAUGAUUUGGAGCAUAUAGAAAAUUUAGAAUUGAAAUCUUGCCGCAAUUUAGAUCCUAAUCAUUUGCUGGCCGUUAGUCAGAAGAGACCUUUGAAAACCUUAAAUAUAGUAGAAUGUGAGUAUCUUAAGGAUAUACCACAAAUGUUGAAAUUAUGCGAUUACUGGCAAAAUUUGGAAAUAUUAAGACUGUCUGCCUUUACACAGGAGGCCAAAUUUCUUAAGGCCAUUAUAAAUUUACCACAUUUAAAAACUGUGCAAUUUUUUUGGAUUAAUUUUAUGCCUUUGAAUUUCGAGGAAAACUUUUUCUUUGAACUAAGUCAACAUGCAACGAAAUCUUUACAAUUACAGCAGAUAAAAUUUGAGAAUGAUCGUUAUUAUAUAGAAGAUGAAUCCUUGCAAGAAUGGACUCCCGAGAAUUAUGCCAUAAUGAGAGAAAAUGUCUGCAUAAAUGGCCAAACCUGGCAGUGGUCCUCGGAAAUAUUUGAUAAAAUUUCGGUAAAUUUUGAAAAAUUUAAAAAUUUGCAAUUAUUAGCCUUUCACUAUUGUCGUCUGAUGGACUAUGAACAAAUGAAACAUUUAAGUUUGAUUAAUCAGAAUCUAAGAACUAUUAAAAUCUUGGGUUGUCCCAAAAAAGAUGAUGAACAAUUUCGAAAACUCUGGCAGCAGGAAGAGUUAUCAGCUAAGUGCCAAUUUAAAUUUGAAAGUUUGUUGCCUUUGAAGGAAGUUUUGAAUCUUUACGAGGAGGCUAAUUCCCGUCAAUUUUCUUCAUUUUAUCGCCGUGAGCCAGUAAUGCGCAGUAUUGAGUGUCAGUUUAGUUAAAAGUUUAAAUAAAGUUAAAAUUUGUUAAAAAAAACUAUAAACGAAAUUUACUGUUCCC